GACCUCUCUUCUAUCCCUGGGCCAUUUUGCUUGAGCUGCUCCAACAAACGCCCGUUCGAUUCGCGCCUAGAUAACCCGAAGCUCUGGACAAUCUUCCAAAGUUCCCCAAGCAACGGCGCAUAGCGCUCAAAUACCAAUACAUAGAACCGGCAUAACAGUACAGAAACCACGCAUAUAUAACACUUCCAGGUAUGGCGAACGGUCUCUUCACAUACGUUGCCAUCUCCUUGUUCACUAUCGGCCCGCUUCUCGCCCUGUUUAUCCCCUUCAUAUGGCGAUUGGUCGGUUCCUCGCUGGGAUGGUACUUGCGUAGGAAGACAGACGGCCGACGCUGCCACAUUCUCGAGGUGGUAGAGGCCGACGAAAGAAAAUAUCGAGACUCCAAGGGCGCAAAGGGCCGAAAAGAGGAGAAAGAGGAUCGGGACACCGUCAACAACACCGAAGCUACCGGCACAUCCGACGGCAAGGUCUACGAUAAGGAUUGGGAUGGCAUCGUGGGCUUCUUUCACCCCUUUUGCAACGCCGGCGGAGGCGGAGAGAGGGUCCUUUGGGCUGCUAUUCGGGCCACGCAGAAACGCUGGCCCAAAGCCAAGUGUGUUGUCUAUACGGGUGAUCACGAUGUUAGCAAGGAGGCUAUCCUCUCCAGAGUAGAGCAACGCUUCAACAUCCACCUCCACCCGCCCACCGUCAACUUCCUCUACCUGUCUACCCGGCGAUGGGUUCUCGCCUCCACAUGGCCCUACUUCACCCUCGCCGGCCAGUCCUUUGGCUCUCUUAUCAUGGCCUGGGACGCCUUCUCCCUGCUCGUGCCCGACAUCUUCGUCGACACUAUGGGCUACGCCUUCGCUCUCGGUUUCUCCCGCUUCCUCUUCCGCGACGUGCCCACAGCCGCCUACGUGCACUACCCAACCAUCUCGACCGACAUGCUCGAGUCACUCGAUCCGGCCUCCACCGUCGGCAGCCAGGGCGUCAACGCCGGCAAGGGCACUGGUGCCAAGGGCCGCGCCAAGAAGAUCUACUGGCAGCUGUUCGCACGGCUGUACUCGCUCAUGGGCGCGUCCGUGGACGUGGUAAUGACCAAUUCGACCUGGACGCAGGCGCACAUCGAGAAGCUCUGGGGACCUGUGCGCAACCUGACGGGCGCGGUGCCCGGUAUCAAGUCCAAGGUCAACCCCAUCGCGGUGGUCUACCCGCCCGUGGCCGUCGAGGAGCUGGAGCAGGAGGUUGAGGUCUCCCCGGAAGGCGAGAAGCGGAGAGAGAAUGUGCUCCUGUACAUUGCGCAGUUCAGGCCAGAGAAGAAUCACCAACUCAUUGUGCAGGCGUUUGCGGAAUUCUUGAAGAGCGGAUCGGAAGCGGCGAGGGACGCAAAGUUGGUCCUGGUCGGCAGUGUAAGGGAUGAUUACGACUCGAAGAGGGUCUACAAGCUACGGCUGCUGGUUAACGAGCUGCAUAUCAAGGACCGGGUUGAGUUCCAUCUGGAUGCGUCGUGGCCGGAUAUCCUGGAGUGGUUGAGGCGCGCAAGCGUAGGCGUUAAUGGCAUGUGGAACGAGCACUUUGGCAUCGGAGUGGUGGAGUAUCAGGCUGCUGGGUUGAUCUCGGUGGUGCAUGAUAGUGGUGGACCGAAGCUAGAUAUCGUUGUCGAGGUCGAUGGAGAACCUACUGGCUUCCACGCCACGACCUCCAAGGAAUUCGCAGAGGGCUUCGAGAAGGCUUUGUCCUUGCCUAACCCGUACGCUGUCAGGUUAAGGGCCCGCAAGUCGGCGAAACGCUUCACUGAGGAGGAGUUCGCGAGGAGGUGGAUCGAGCAACUGGAGAAAUGUGUGGCUAUCAAGGCGGUCGAAAAGCCCAAGAGCAGACAGUGAUCGCGCGAUCUACUGCCCUGUUCGCUCCUGCACCACGCCUUACUAUACUAACGUCAUUACUAUGUUGGAGAGGGUGGCUGGGCUAUAGGUCCCUGCCAGCAGAAACAGUAAAUAUCAUCAUGGAUACCCUUUUCUUAAUAUACAAAUAAUCAACCAGCUGUUUGUAUUUAUCCUGAGUUGUUGAAAUGUCAUGCAUCGGGAGGUGGUCAGACAUAUAUGGGCACUAUCAGCCUUGUCUUAAUCAUGAUGGGUAUAUAGAGGCUUGAAUCAAUUCACAUUUUCUUGAUGAU